UUCCUUGUGUUUUCAACGCAUCUCCAAUAAUACAAUUUUCUCUUCAAUUCAAGGUUUUUGGAUGUUCAAACCCUAAUUCUUUUUGUUCAUUUCUCACUUUUCACUCUAAAAUUUCUCUGUUAAUUGCACAUUAAUUUCCAAGAAACUCAAGAUCAUGCAGUAAAAAUGGUGAUUCUAAAGGCCAAAAAUGAGAGUUCUGGACCUGCUAAGAAUGCUGGUAUGAGUAAAUUCAAGGUUUACUCAGAAAAGCAGAAGAAGAUCAAUGGUCGGAACAGCAUUAAUGGUGAUACCAAGUUUUUGAGGACUUCCCUCGUGUCAAACACAGGCAAGGGGACUCUAUUUGCGAGUAACACGACUAACAAAAGUAAGGUUUAUAUAAGUGGCACUGAGGCGACUACAAGCAGCAAUGAUACUCUUGACAAGACUAUGACCAAGACCAAGGUUAGACGAAGGGCAUUAGCCGAUGUCAGCAAUAUUCAGAGUCGAACUUCUAGAUUUGACAAGCUUAGUGGUUCUAGGAAUUCAAUGGUAUUUGGCACUCAAUGUAGUAUUGCUUCGUCUAGUCAAGCUUUAACAGAAAAUGUUAAGCCAAACCUAACACGUACAACUACAGUCUCAAAAGCCUUAAACCCAUCAGCAAAAGCCAAUGCCAAAACUCUGAGGGAAUCUUCAAAUUUUCAUGGGGUCCAAGUAAAUGAAAGUAGGGGAACUAUGCUCGGGCAGACUUCCAUGAAGUCUAAUAUAAUUACAAGGAAUUCUCUUCCACCAGUGAUGAGAGCUAAUUGGUGUGAUUAUGGUGACUUACAGGGAAAAAUUAAGGCGAAACUGACACGUGGUGUCACAGCCUCAAAAACCUCAAACCCUUCAGCAAAAGCCAAUGCCAAAACUCUGAGGUCAUCUUUUAAUUUCCAUAGGGGCCAAGUAAAUGAAACUAUGGGAACCAUGACAAGGCGGACUUCCAAGAUAAGUAAUAUCAUUGCAAGGAAAUCUCUUUCACCAGUAAUGAAGUCUGAUUCUAGUGACUUGCAGGGACAUACUAGAAGUGCAGAAAAAUCUACUAGAAAAAUUGGUUUUCCAGUAAAAGCAAGGGCUUUCGGAAAAUCUAUAAUACAAGUGAGCAAUCUCAAAGGCAAAGCUCCUAAGGAAAAAUUGAACGAUGACUUCAUACUGAAGGCCACGAGAAAGCAAACAAUCAAGGAUGUACGUGGAGGGCUAAAAAUAUCAGUCAAGCCACUUGCCAGAACCAGUGUACAUAUGUCUAAUAACCAAAAGAACAUAAAAUCUAAGAGCAUGUGUACUUUAGGCAAGCCUCUUGGAUAUCCUGCCAGAAGAGCGAAGGUUGCUGCAUCUUUUGCAAAGACUUCUAACCCUAUAGUUUCUUGUGAAAAAGUUGUUGAAAGAGGAAUUCCUACACAAAGUAGUGAUACCUUAAAGCCACAAUCAUCAGACAUCACAGCUAGUAAAAGAUCUAGACGCAGGAAAUCAUAUACAUCUUCACUGAUAUCAAGAUCAAAGUUACUAGAAGUGAGAAAUGAAGCCAAGGAAGAUGAACAUUUUCCAAAUAUUGAUGAUGAGGGUAAUCCUCUUGAAGCUGCGGAAUAUGUUGAUGACAUCUAUGAGUAUUAUUGGACAAUGGAGGCACAGAGUACACCAAUGGAAAAUUAUAUGAGGAUUCAAUCAGAUGUUACACCUCAGAUGCGAGGGUUGUUGAUUAAUUGGCUUAUUGAGGUACACCUCCAUUUUGAUCUGAUUCCAGAAACACUUUACCUGACAGUGGCUGUGCUAGAUAGAUACCUUUCGACAGUUACAGUAAAGAUAAAAGAGUUACAGUUGGUUGGUCUUGCAUCUCUUUUGCUUGCAUCAAAGUAUGAGGACUUCUGGCAUCCAAGGGUCAAACACUUGAUUAGUAUCUCACCUGAGCCAUGCACCGUAAAGCAAAUGCUUGAAACGGAAAAAGGAAUUCUCAAGCAGCUAAAAUUUCGGCUGAAUUUGCCAACAGCUUAUGUCUUCAUGCUAAGGUUCCUUAAGGCUUCUCAGUCAAAUAAAAGGCAUGAACAUCUUGCAUACUAUCUCAUUGAAUUAUGCUUGGUUGAAUUCGAAGCCUUGAGGUUCAGGCCAUCAUUGUUAUGUGCUUCAGCUGUCUACGUUGCCCGUUGUACCCUACAUACGGUUCCAACAUGGACUCCAUUGCUUGGAAAGCAUGCACGCUAUGACAAACUUCAGAUGAGAGAAUGUGCAGAGAUGAUCCUGCGAAUCCAUAAAGCUGCUAGUUCAGGAGUCUUGAAGGUCACUCAUGACAAGUAUAUGCAGCCCGAGUUUGGCAGUGUUGCAGCCAUCAGACCUUUGGACAACCUUCCUGUAUGAAGCUCUCUACGCCUCCUGUGUUUUUUCCGGUGGUGUAGUCUUUUAAUUAUCUUUUUUCUUUUGUUGAUGGAAAGUUAAGGUUGCUGAUUUCAUGUCACAAUUAGUGUGCAAUAUACUUUUGGAAAUGUUGUACAAUAUCAUGUAGGUUAUGUCUUGGCUCUACCAUGCUACAGAAUUGCUUGUUCAUGUACAUCUUGAAACUCUGAAGAGUUAUACAUAAUCAUUAACAUCAAGUAGGAUAAUGUUCGCUGGAGAUAAUUGUAAUUUCUGAAAUGUAUAGCAUUGUUUUGUUGGCUAUGAGCCUACAUAGUAGACAAAUUGCUUUAAAGUCCUGCAUUCCUGGCCUAGUUGAUUGGCCUAAUGUAUUUUUAUAAGUAGUGUUUGACAUCUUUGUAUUGGCACUUUCAGUGGAAUUAAGGUUAUCAUAAAUCACAAAUUCUCG